AUGGCCAAGCCGAAAUGCGGUUGCUGGAAAAACGCUUCUUAUCAAUUUUUGGCAAAUGGGGAGGAAUUUGUUUUGAAGUCGCCGGGAUACCCCAAAAGAUAUUGUGACAUGCUGGAUUGUUUCUUCGUUUUCCGAGCCGCCCCUGGUGCUCCCGGCUUUAAGAUCAACGGCUCCGAAAUCAAGUUGGAAAGGGACGGUGAUUUGUUGCUGACCGGCAGUAAGGUUGACGAGUACGGGAGGAUACGAUAUGCCCCUCUCACAUCCGGUGCUGUACGCUACUUUUCAAAUGAAACGCUCCGCAUACGAUUUAUGACCGGACCGGCAGGAACGGCCGAUGGCUUUAAGAUCACUAUAACAAAUGAUUACCAAGCACCACCAACGAGCUAUGGGAUGUGGUUAAUAAUUAUACUAGCGGUUUGCGGUGCCGCAUUUCCGGCUUAUUUUGGGUAUCGACACUGGAGAUCCGAGGCGUCAAUACCGUUUCUGACACCGAUUAUCUCGAGGUUUCGCCGAAACGACGAAAGAGUAGAUAUCGUGAGACCAACCAUCAACCCCAACGAAUACCUGGUGGAUGUUCGA